UAAAACGUAACCCUAAUUUUAUCAAAACCCAGAGUCAAUCUACCAAAUCAGAACCUCUGCUACUCGAGACUCUCUCGCUCACUCUCUUCUCUACGCCGCGCGAACCUCCAUCGUUAGGGUUCCUCUUCAUCUUGGUCGAGGAGGAUGAGGAAUCCGAUGAUGUAAGUAAAUCCUAUUUAUCGCCUCUGGUUUUUUUGUUUGUUUGGUAAAAUCAUUCUGGUUUGGCUGAUUGGAAUUUCUUCAAGUGGCUGGGAGCACGUGAAACCAUAUUUGUUUGACUGGUUUGCUAUCUUGAUUUUUUCCCAAGGUGUCAUUGACGGCUCUUGUCUGCGACAGGAUAUGGGGUUCAUUCUCUUUGAUUUGAUGGUAGGCUGUUUCAACCUUUCUGCAGAAUACAUUCUCAAUCUAGAGGUUUUUUGUGGAUGAGAGUAUGAAUGAGUUGCAAACUCUUUUACAUGCUUUUUUAAUUUCUCCCGCAAAUGGUCACUUGUUGAUGCUCUUUUACUUGUUGAGUGGAAGUCUCAACCUCUCACUUGUCUUGAGAUAAUUUGAAGGUUCUCUACUUAGAUGGUAAUGCAGAGGUUUAUCCCACAUUCGAUGGAAAUUCAAUUGACUUUUUCCACUCUGAUUCUCCCGGGAUAGAAUCUGGUCAAAGCUCGUCAUAGUACUCAAGCAAACAGAGAUUGUCACUGGCUAGAUUGCUCUUGUUGAAGCUCUUAAGUUAAAUACCUUGAUUUCUUACCUAAGGUGAUUUCUUACCUAAGGAACAUAUAUUUCUUAGAAAUAUUGUGAGUGUGUUUUGAUUUGGCAGCGGCCAGACAACCGUAGUGAUGGCGUUUGGGUUGAGGACACACACCGUCUCCAAAUAGGAGCAAAAAGAAUUCAUUCUGCAACUUGCAGAGGAGUACUGUAAAGGAUUAGAGUCAUUGGUACAAAAUGCUUCAACACCAAAUUGUACAAUCCCCUGCGAGGCUAGGCCUUACGAAUCCUAACUCACCAUCGAUUCCAAACCCUACCCCUUCGAAGCCCCCUCCUACACAAACCCAUAACAACCAAGACCGCCAUUCGGCAACCCCUUCUGCUGCUCUACUCUCUCUUCUCCCACCCCUCCCCAGAGCACAAGCAAUUCUUGUUCAAAUGGCUUCCUUGACAUCUAAGCUUUUUGAAGUAUCAUCCAACAGAUCUGUUUGGGUCACUGCAUUCCGCGGAUCAAUCCCAACCUUCCUUUCUUCCCAGGCCCAAGCACAUUCGUCUACCCCAUUGGAGUCUUCUCCUUCCUCCACCAAAGAAAUCAUUUCACUUUUCUCUACCCUUCAAACCCAAAUUGUUGAAGCUAUAACUGAACUCCAAGAAAUUCUUGAUCUACAGGAUGCUAAGCAGAAGAUUGACCGGGAAAUUCGCUCAAAGGAUAUGGCACUUCUUGGAUUGGCUAACAAACUCAAAGAUUCUGAGCGCGGACUUGACAUUCUUGUUGAUGAUUACUCUGAUUAUCGUCGCAGCAAGAGAACGAAAUUAGGAGAUGGUAGUGAAGAUGAUUCUUUGACUUCCUCGACUGUAUCAUCCCAGCUGAAGCUAUCAGAUAUAUUGUCAUAUGCCCAUCGUAUAAGUUAUACCACCUUUGCUCCACCAGAAUUUGGAGCUGGGCAGGCUCCUCUCCGUGGUGCAAUGCCACCCGCACCACAAGAUGAACAAAUGAGAGCUUCACAGUUAUAUAAUUUUGCAGACCUUGAUAUUGGAUUGCCUAAAGCAGUUGAAACGAAGGAGAAAACAAUUGAGGCUAUUGUGGAACCUCCACCUCAACAAUCUGUGGAUACAAAUCCACUUGCAAAUUUUUCUGCAAUUCAAGGGUUGCUUCCUCCAAAUUUUGCUGUGCCGCCUGGUUGGAAGCCCGGAAUGCCUGUACAAUUGCCUAUGGAUAUACCAAUUAAGCCUCCACCUGGGUGGAAACCAGGGGAUCCUGUGCCAUUGCCUCCCAUGGACUCACUUCCAGUACCGAGAUUUGAGGAACAACAGUUACACCCCCACAUUCCUCAGCCCAAGCAGCCAGAAGUUAUUCAAGUGCAGCAUGUUAAUCUGGAUCUUGGAGGAAGUGACAGUAGUGAUUAUAGUAGUGAUGAAGCCAGCUCUGAUGAUGAAGAUUGAGGAUUCAAUGAUUGAUCAUCUCAAAUUGACAACUUUACAGGCUCUUCUCAUACACUUAUUUGGGGUGCUGUGCACAUCAAAGGAUUCUUGUCUCCAUGAUCAUGCUUAUAUACAGUGGACCAAAGCACUCAGCUGAAUUUAUUUACUCCCAUGCAUAUUGAUGCUCAGAUUACACAAGCUGGAGGAAGGAGUUUAAGCAUCCCUAGUCAUCUGAUAUAAAUAAUUAUCUGUCAAUUUGAGAAAUUUACCCAUUGCUCAUUGAGUCAUUGGUAACCCACCAACUUUUCAUUUCUUUACUAGUUAUCUUACUUUUUUGUUUAAACUCAAACUGUAGAAGAUACAUGUAGUUAGAUGAUUCUGUCUUUUUUGUUCGUAACUAUUGUUCUGAUGAUUUCUGGAUUUUUUAGAGGGUGCUGAUGGAUUUAAUGUUUUGAUCUAAAACAGUAAAAUGAAAAACUUGGUGAUGAUCCUCUAUUUUAUGACUAA